AUGCAACUGAAAGGCUGUUCACUUGAAUUCCGGGACAAAUACAACCUAUCGGUACAUAUGGUCAGACAUACGGGCGAGAAGUCAUUCCAGUGUCAGAGCGCCGGCUGUACGAAGACGUACGCGACGAAGGCUGCCCUCGAUGUCCACCAAAACACUCAUUCAGACAAUCGGCGCUUUAAGUGCAACGAAUGCGACGCCGCGUUCAUCAGGAAAACACAGCUCACGGUUCACGUCAGCGACAAACACACCGGACAGAAGCCGUUCCGUUGCAAUUGGCCCGGAUGUGAAUAUCAAGCGUGUUAUCUGAAUCGGCUUCAGAGCCAUAAACUGAGACACACCGGCGAAAAGCCAUACAAGUGUUCGCAGUGCGAGUGGACAUUCCGGUUGAGCCAUCACUUGAAGACCCAUAUGUUGAAGCAUACGGGAGAGCGACCGCACGAGUGUCCGCACACGGCGUGCGACAAACGGUUUCAAUCAAAACAAGCGAUGAGAACUCAUUUCAAGCGAACGCAUAGCAAGUGA